ACAAGAGAUGUUGGCCUACUGAUCGGUUGGCAAGGCAAAAGAGUUGAAACUUGAAAGGGCGACUGGAUACAUUCUGUGCCGAAAAGACGAGAGAAAAUUUUAUAAAAUACACGGCUAGCUCUCUAGCUGUCUCUCACUACCUUCUUCCCCAUCCUAUACAUUGUUCCCGUCGCUAGCUUUGCUUGAUGCACUACGCAAAAGUGAUGGAGCCUUGCCUUGUCGCCCUCGACAGACUCCAUCAACAGUAGCUUGAUGCCUUGAUCCACUCUGUAGCCUACUGGUUGGCCAAACAAAAACUUUAGAAACAAGAUCGAACCGAGAGAAACCAGAAGAUAAGAUCAGAAAAGUUCUCCACGUAUUUUCGAGGGACUGCAGACUGCAGACAACGCUAGAUGGUUCUAACCAGAGAAGGCGCAUCAUCGAUCCAUCUGGACUUUGUUCUCUAGUGAUUUUGCUAUGUUAAUUCUGUGAUAUGAUGCAAAGUUAAGGUGAAUUUCCCAUUUUGCUAAAUGAAUGAAGUGCGGCUUCUGCGCGUCGGGCGCCGGCGGGCUCCUCCCCGGCGCGUGCCUGGUGUCGAACAGCACGGCGCGCGACACUUGCGGCGGCGAGGGCCGGCGGUGGUACACGCGCGGGUGCCCGAGACGGUUCGGGUGGCUGGCGCUGGUCGGGCUUGCACUCUACAUCAUCUUCUUCUCCCCCGGGAUGGGCACCGUGCCGUGGAUCGUCAACUCGGAGAUCUACCCGCUGCGGCACCGGGGCGUGUGCGGCGGCGCGGCGGCGACGGCGAACUGGGUGUCCAACCUCGCCGUGGCUAACUGUCUUGGUCUUGUUCAGUGUUGCUAGGAACUCGGCCCAGCACGGCCAGCCUUCCCCCAAUUCGGUGGCGCCAAAUCGCUCGGGUGCGCGCGCAAAUCCAAUCCCCACGACCCCACCUCUUCCAUCGAUUCCCCUUCCCUUCCCCUCGAGCCAUUCUCGCGCGAACCGAACGGCGACUCCUCUUCCCCCGGCAGCCUAGGGUUCUCCUCCUCCGAUCAGCCGUCAGCGGGCACUCCGCGACAAGUCCUCACCUCCCCGUGCUCCUCGGAUGGCGACCAGCGAGGAGCUCGCCCAGAUCGACAUCUCCAAGGAGGAGAAGGACAAGCUGGUGGCGGAGGUGAUGCGGUACAUGCUCUUCAAGACGCACCAGACCUCCGGCUGCCCCAUCAAGCGGGAGGAGCUCACGGGGAUCGUCACCAAGAACUACCGCCAGCGUGCCCUGCCCGCGCUCGUCAUCAACGAGGCCCGGGACAGGCUCGCCGCCACCUUUGGGUACGAGAUGAGGGAGCUCCAGAGGACCCGCGCCCCGUCCACGCGCUCUGGCCGGCCGUCACAGCCGCAGCCGAAUGCGGAGGCGAAGAGCUAUGUUCUGGUCAGCCAGCUAGACCAUGAGGUAUAUAGCAAGUAUGUUGAGGAUAAGGAGGCUGCCCCUCUGUCUGGCUUUGCUUUCACUAUCAUUAGCCUUAUUCAUCUUGCUGGUGGCAAAAUCCCUGAAGAGGACCUCUGGCAUCAGUUGAAGCGGUUGGGUUUGAAGAAUGAUAAUGACGAGAAGCACCCUGCUCUUGGUAACAAUAAGCAGGCGCUUGAACUCCUUGCGCAGCAAAGGUACUUGCUGAAGGAGAAACUUGCUGGACCAGAAGGUCAUGUUGUGAUGUAUGAGCUUGCUGAGAGGGCAUUGGAUGAAUCCAUCAGUGGGAAGCUUAAAGACUACAUUGCACAGAUUGUGGGCACAAGCACUGUCGCAGAAGAAAAUUCAAGUUGAUAGUAUGACAUGGUGAUCAGGUAUCUGCCCUGUUCGUUGUGGGCGAGGACGAGCUGACUCUAUUCAGGAUGGGAAGCUAUAUCAUCUUGCAGGGUCGCUAAGUCCUGUCGAAACAGGGCGUAUUUUGUAAAGGAGAGCAGAUGUGUGCCUCUCAGAUUAGGCGGUAGUGUCUUUAACUGAACAAUGUUAGUGCCAUGCUGUAACCAGCUUACCAUGCUUGGAUCACCUUUUGUUGGGUAGUAUAUGUAUGUCAGUCUGUGUCGUUGAACGAAGCUGCUUAGCUUAACCAGACCGUACAGUCACUAAUUCUGUCCACUGCCGUACUGUCACAAGCAAAGCCAUAUGUUGUGUCGUGGCACUGGAUGCGGCGAGGUUUCUUUGAUCCUAACUAAGCAAUCCACACUGAUCAAA